AUGUACCUGGUCACUGUGCUCGGGAACCUGCUCAUCAUCCUGGCCGCAAUCUCAGACUCCCGCCUCCACACCCCCAUGUACUUCUUUCUCUCCAACCUGUCCUUCGUAGAUACCUGUUUUGCCUCUACCACGGUCCCAAAGAUGUUGGUGAACAUCCAGACACAGAGCAAAGUCAUUACCUAUGCAGGUUGCAUCACCCAGAUGUGCUUUUUUGUACUCUUUAUAGUGUUGGACAGCUUACUCCUGACCGUGAUGGCCUAUGACCGGUUUGUGGCCAUCUGUCAUCCCCUGCACUACACGGUCAUCAUGAGCCCUCAGCUCUGUGGACUGCUGGUUCUGGUGUCCUGGAUCAUGAUUGUCUCCAUAUUUUAUGGUACGGGGCUAGGGGUGUACCUUAGCUCUACUAUGACCCAAAACUCACACUCAACUGCUGUCGCCUCGGUGAUGUACACUGUGGUCACCCCCAUGCUCAACCCCUUCAUUUACAGUCUGAGGAAUAAAGACAUAAAGGGGGCUCUGACACAAUUCUUCAGAGGGAAACAAUAAAAGAGCCA